AUGAAACCGUCAUUAUUCGGUUUUUUCAUUCUUCUCAAAGCGGUCACAGAUGGAGUCACACAAUUCACCGAACAAUAUCAAGGUAUGGCUGACUUUUUAGAACGUUUUCCUCGGAAAAAACUGUGAGGGGUUUUAUACAGGUUCUUCGAGCAGAUUGACUAAACACCUGUUAGACAAGCAUCAUAAGUAAGAAAUUAGAACUUGCGUGCAAAUUCAGCGUGUAUGUAACAUUUAGAUGCUCACCCCCCGAUGGCCGAGUGGAUAUUUCGCAUAACAUCGAGCUAGUUCACAUCAUUAAUAUUAAUGAGCUCAACCAAAACAUGCAAGUGCUCGUAUACAUUGUUCAGGUAACUCUGAACUUUGAACUCAUUAUCCCAAAUUGACUAUUAUCCAGCAAUGGAUAGACACUUCCCUUUCCUGGAAGACUGAAGAAUUCCGUGGUAUCCGGAGUACUUGGCUUCCGGAGCAUUCCAUCUGGGUUCCCGACAUCAUCGUGUUCAACACGUGAGCGUCUACAAAGAUUCUUGCAAAGUUUUAAUCAUAUGUAGAUUGGAACAUAAGAAGCUUCUGGACGCCGUGCGAUCCCCAAUCAAAGUUUCGUUUACUGGAGAAGUGACGUAUGCCUAUCCAGCCAUUUACACAGUCCUUUGUCAAAUUGGUGAGAUUUUGAAGCUAGAUGUCUGAUCCUGUAGGAUUAAGAAUGUCACAAAUAGUCCGGUUCUCGAUUUUCUAAUGGGUUAGUGAAAAAUGAGGGCUCUUUACGUUCCAUUAUCUCUUCAGUUUUCGUUUGCGGGAAACCUCAUCAAUUAUCCCAGAAUAACGACAUGAAUCCGCUUUCUUUCAACUAGUGAAAUAAUGGGUUUCUCAAGAUAAGCUCAUAAAUUUUCCAGGAAUCGCCAACUUUCCGUUUGAUGAUCAAGUGUGCAAGAUACGGGUGAGUUUGUGAUCAUGAGGGACAAAUGAACUUUACCAACAUUUUCAGUUUGCGUCCUGGGCAUAUGACGAGGACAAAAUUCUACUCAACGCGUCUCAUAAACCAUUGCUCAAAAAUUAUGCGCCCAACGAAGAAUGGGCUCUGCAGGUCAGCUGAUGGAAUUCCAUUAACAUUAAUUGGUCCCCGAUGUGCCCUAUCAAACUGAUGCAACCCUUGACUUCGUUUUCGAAAAGUGUCAUUCUUUGUCAGCACACAUGUUGAUUCUGAUUCUGCAAAUAGUGCAGUUUUCGACAUCUGCCAAAUGUAAACGAAAGCUUUCGUUUGGCUAGGAUUUAAUUAAAUCUAGAAAUCCAAAAGACUGAAAAAUCAUCGAGCAAGCUGGAUUAUUUGCAGGACGUGGACAUGGCACGGAAAGAGUACGAACACGAGGAAACCGUCGUCAGCGAGAUCAUCUACUACAUAAAAGUGGCUCGCAAACCGUUCUACUACCUCAUCAGUCUUGUCGUUCCCAGUUACAUUAUCAGUGCGCUGUCCAUCGCCGGCCUGUUUGCGAGAUUCUCAACAAGACAUGAACGACAGGUCAGAAAAAUAGAUAUUGUGUGAAUGCUCAUGAACUAACUCGUAAAGUUUAUGCAAGAAUGGAGCUUUUACUCAAAACGUUACAGAAUGGAAGAGUAUAUAAAGCCGAAUUCAAAAGUUUAGAACGUCAGGCACAGGUAACAGGAGCUGGCGUUCUGGAAACAUAACACAGAACCUUAAAGUUUUCUACCGCUUUCUCACACUCUUAAUUAUCUGCCACAACGAGUUAUAACCACGGAUUUUCAAAAUUUUUUAAGAACAUUAGCAGUAAUUUCAUUUUCAGGAACGAUUCACGCUCGGAGUGACUGCGAUUCUCAGUAUGGCUGUUCUAUCGCUUGUUGUGACUGAAAAAGUGCCACACAGUUCCGAAAGCGUUCCACUUUUGAGUAAAUCAGUCCCUUUGUGGUCAAAACACUUUUUAAAUUCCAGUUGUCUACAUGCACUUCAUCAUUAUAAUGGUGACCAUCGCCACAAUUUUGACAUCCACUGUGAUGAGAGUGCAUGCCAAGGUGAUUUUCGUCCGUGUAAUGCACCAAUGAUUCAUUUUUCUGCAGGGUUUCCGCACUCAUUUCAUAAGUCCCCCGAAUUGGAUUAGAAAGGCCUUAUUCAUUGCUCGUAAGCACGCAGCUUUCUUCCAACAACAUGUGAGAGUCAAACCUUUCAUUUUUCCGAGACGGAUAUUUGAUUGGCCGGCGAAUGUAUAAUUUUAUUUCAGGGAAAGGUGUACAUGGACAUUCACACGACUGCUGAGCAAUGGGGAGAGGUACUGAGAAGCAGGAGAGCUCUGAGAAGAAAAAAACGAGCACGUUUUAGGUCUCGCGAAGAAUGGAUUAUCUGCUGGCGUCUGUUUUCAUAGUCAUUAUAAGCACGCCAACUCUUUACUUAUUCUACAUGUGUUAUCAAAUGGACCACGAGACGGCCGAGCGAAUUCUUCUGGAAAACGCCAAGCGUCGCGAUCAAUUAUAUUAUUAA